UUCAGAAAUGUUUUUAUUUGAUUUCUUAAGCUGUUCAUUCAGACGACACGUAGAUGUGGUCUGGAAUCAGCGUAGCGUAUCCACAUACCACGUUCCUUGUAUAACGCGAACGUUUAACAUAUUCAGAACACGUGUUACAAUCACAUGGUACAUGUCAGCACCGCCCUGGUGUGUAAAUACUAACGUUUACGGGAAGUUAUUGCAGCUUUGAAUACAUCAACAUGAACCUGACAAUCGAACCUCCCGUUGACCUGUUUAAUACCACGACAGUACCUAAAUUUCCAUCACUGGUACUAAUCAACAGCAUCAUCGCUAGAAAAUUUCUGCCACUAACGGUAGUGUUAUGGAUUUACCUCGUGAUUGGAGUACUGGGAAACAGUUUAGUGAUGUUUGUGUACUGGGCACGUAAGAAACCUGUAAGAGAGGACAGAUACUUCAUCCCAAUUCUAGCGUUGGCAGACUUGGCGUCGUGUGUUGUGUCGUCAUCGACCGGAAUAUACGCUCAGACCUAUCCAUUAAUGUUCGAUGAUGACGUUGGGUGUAAGAUGGCGGCAUUUUUGGGUAUUCUGCUUGCUGGAGUGUCGGCCAAUUUUCUCGUCGCAAUUGCUGCGGAACGCUACCUCAAGCUUUGUCGACCAUUUGGUCGUCAAAUGACUGUUUACGUGAAGAAGGUCAUCAUCGCCAUUAUGGUUAUAAUUAGUUUGGUGUUUGCAGCACCUGCGCUGUAUAUAUACAGAGCUGAGGAGGUACCUCUGAGAAUGAAAAGAGGAUUCGAAAUUCAGACAUGGAAAUGUAUUGAUAUGAAGGACAAACAACACGAAGCAGGACACGUUGUCUACAAAGUACUAUUGUUUGUUAUAACAAUGGUUCGGUUCGCAGUUUUGUUGUUUUGUUAUGGUAACAUUAUUUGGGUGAUAUUCCGACAGAAAAGGUUCAGACUAAGAUUGGGAUCGAUGAGUUCAAGCGCAAGCACGUCUGUGUCCUGCAGUCACGAUGUUGAGGAAGCCAUGGAAAUGAAGGACCCUAACGUUAAAGGUAAAACGUCUGAGCAUGUCAAAGAAAGCGGAUCACAACACGGAUUCCAAACGCCUUUCAUAGGGAAUAAACCCCGCAAACAAAGCUUUUCUGAUCGGGAGGGAUCGAAACGGAAGCAAAGCCUGGUUUCCACGACGGGAUCUCAAGGAAGAAGAGGGAGUCAUGCCGACCGACAAGGAGUACGUCUCUCUGUCAUCUUCAUCCUCAUCACCAUCAUCUACAUAAUCAGCUUCGGUCCGAAAGUCUGGCUGAUGAUAGAACAGACCCUAAACCGAAAUUUCUGGUCCUCUGUGCCACCAAGUCUGCUUCUUCUUUACCGGUUUCUACAUACAUUCUACAUUGUCAACAACAUUGUAAACCCCAUUGUGUAUGGAAUAAUGGACAAACGCUUCAGGAUUGAUUGUAAGAAACGUUUUACAAAAUGUAAAUAGUGUGUUCAAUGAAUCUAACUUCCUCCUUAGUGUUUCUAGAAGCUUGACUACAAAAAACAAGUAAUCUGGUCGGCAAUGUGUAAGUAAAAACUCAUUAAAUAUGUGACGUAAUACAUGUAGGCGUAUAUACCCCCAACCCCCUUCUCCACCCCCAUCCCCACCCCAUUUUUCCACCUCUCCCUCCAACCCCUCUUUUAAAGGAUGCAGUUUAUUUGGGGUUUUUUUUAUAAACAUAGUGUUUUUUCGCUUUUUUGAGGAAGCAGUUAUUCCUUUUUGACAAGAAUGGAUUUUUUAAUGAAAAAACUUCCUCCUUAAUAAGGAUAUCAUCUAUAUUAUCGUGCCUUUUUUACUGGUUAAUAAACCGGUUGACAUUGAUUUAUUCAUCGGAAGUACCUUAGGUUGCCGUGGUUUCCUGAAGUUUGGUGUACAAUAUAAGUAUAUUCUAACCUCAUUUACAAACGCGUGUGUAUACGUGGACACGCGCUCGCCAUCUGUUAAAUUACAGCUAAUUUGAGGAAGUAGAACAAUGACUCUUAUCAUGCUAUCAUUAUAGUCGGGCUUUCAUUGUAGAUUGUAGAUUAAGUUAAUUUUGUCUACUUCCAUUAAGUAAUGGAUGUUAUUAGUAUAUGUUGUAAAGCAAGCAAAAUUAUCAUUUAUUAUCUAGAACAGAAUUACAAAUAUACAUGAGAUACAUUUCAGUGAUACAUCAUAACAAUAAUAAACCUUCAAGUUCAUUUAAAAAAAACAUAAUUACAUGAAUGCUAGUUUUAACGAGUUCUAUAUAAUUUGGCAAUAAAUAAUGUAUUAUAAAAAAAUGUAUAUCUAUAUAUGUAUGAUAAAAACAUGUAUAUCUAAAAUCAAACAAAUACAUAUAUGAACAAAAAUAAUGAAUAUUUUGAACUAAUAAUUCACGAUGAAAACACAUGUAACAGAAAUAAAAUGCAUUUGAAUGUACUAGAUAUAUCUCUUACAAUAUAUUAGAUAUCGUCCUCGUGUGUAACAUCUUCUUAAAUAUAAUAGAGACAUCUAUAUUGUUUAUAAGAAUAUAUUGAAACAAUAGAGAUAACAAUGUUAGAUAUAUCUAAUUUUACAAAUAUUUGCACAAUACAGAUUUAUCAGUUACUUAAUGAUACACUUUUAUUAAUUCAUUAAGGUCACCUUAUAAAAGGACGAAACAAUGCGAUAAAAACAUAAGAGAAAAAUACUCUGCACUCAGCACAUUUAAAAUUAUGAUAUUAAUAUAACGGACUAUCAAAAGAUAUUGUAAUUUAAUGUAUACAUUAUUCAUUUAACAAAUUCUUAUUUAAAGGGUUUAUUCCCUUUUGUGUAGAUGUGUGAGUGUGUGUGUUUUUUUUGUUGUUUUUUUUUUUUUGUUAUUUUUUUGUACAAAUUUUGAAUAAACUUAAUAUAGAAUGGCCUUUUUUCAUCGUUUGUAAGUUCAAUUUACGUUUGAUUAAUGAUUGACCAAUAGCAAAUUGAAUAUAAAAAAUACUUUAACAGUUUAGGCUAUCCAGGCACAACACUGAGAGGCUCGUAACAUAAACUAUUUUUGUGUACAUACUUUUCGCUAGUUGUAGAACGUAAAUCCACUCUAUCUGAUAGGCAUGAAUGCAUGGUAGCUAUAACAUAGUUUUUUUAAACAAACAUUAUAAAUCUUCGCCUGUAUUGCAUUGACUUAUUAUGUAAAUAUUACUGAUGAAGCAAUGAAAUAAAUAGAUGCAACAGAA